CCCGCCAUGGCGCUGGCGCGGGCCCUGCUGCAGCAGUGCGUGUCCGCCCGGCUCCAGGUGAAGCCGCCCGAGCGCGGCGCCGAGGCCGAGUGGGUGGAGAUCCAGAGAGGGCUUGUUAUCUACAUAUGCUUCUUCAAAGGUGCUGAUGAGGAUCUUGUUCCAAAAAUUGUCAAUAUGCUGCUGAAUGUUAAAUUAAGUGAAAAUGAAAGCGGCGAGUACGUUUCUGUUCUUGAUUUACCAGGUGAUGUGCUAAUCAUACCACAAGCUACCCUAGGUGGUAAAUUGAAGGGAAGAAAGAUGCAGUACCAUGCAAACAUUGAAAAAGAAAAAGGGCUGGAACUUUAUUCUCAGUUUGUGACUGCGUGUGAAAAAGAACUGGCUGCCAAUGCCAAAUGUGUGGAAGCAGGUGUUCUUGUCAAGCACGGCACGUAUGGAAACAGGCAGGUGUUAAAACUAGAUACAAAUGGACCUUACACUCAUCUGAUUGAAUUUUGAAAAAAUAAAUUAUAACCUGGAUACAGUACUGGUUACCUGGGACUGCUCUGCAGUAAUGACUAUGUGGUUUAUGUUCAUAUUCAUCUGAAGUAUGCUCAAAAUAAUUGAUAAUAUUGAUCCACUUAAGAUGUAUAAUUUGGAAGGCUUUAUUAACAAAAAUGGGGUAAUGCAUAUGUUUCUUAUUACAAAAUAAUGACAAAAGUAUUACAUGUAUUAGCUACUGUAAAGUACGCUUGAGAAAGCAAAGUUUAUAGAUUAAAAACAAAGAAUGCUAGAGAUGUACUUAUUUGUUCCCAGAUUUCCUGAGUCAGACAAUUUUUUUCUGUUUUCUGUCUAUAAAAUAACAAUGCUUUCUAGCUAACAAAUUCAUUGAAACCACAAAUUCACUUAAUUUCUGGCCUCUUAGAGAGUAGAAACUAAAUAAGAAAGUCCCUCCCCCUCAUCCAGAGUGUGUAGGGGUAGGAUACUUCAGGUAGUACUAUGACUGAACAUGGACUAUACGGGGUAGAAAAAGUGAGGCACAUCUCGAAACUGAAGUCAAGGCAGUACCACUGAAUUGCAUUCUUGAAGUUUGCACUCCGAAAUCUCCUCUGAUGUGUUCUGAUAGGCUGUUUGCUGUAGCCUGGUCUGUGUCCUUGUUACCUUGGUCUUGUUGUCUACUCAAUUCAUUCAUAACAGAGCCUCGGGAAAAGGACUGAAAUAUUCAAAUGAAAACAAAACCAAAAAUGGUAGGAUGUAUGCUUCCAUCUCAUCGUUCCCUCUGCCCCUGUUGCUUCCUUCCAGCUUUCUGUCUAUUGAAUCCACCAGGCAGAUACUAGGUUAUAUUUCUUUUAUACAGUUUUGGCACAUUUGGGGCCCCAUUCCCAGCUGACACCCUAUGCAGUACUGUCACAAACAUCAUUAACAGAUGGUGUUAAGAUGAUAUAAUGGGAAAUUCUGUCUUAUAAGGCAGUAAGAACAGAAUAACUACAUUAAAAUGUGGCAAAUUCAAAACUGAUUCAAGUGCAUUCAUCCUGUGAGUCAAGUUUCUCUUUUACUGCAGCAUCAUGAUUUUUGAAGUCAGUAAUUUAGAAGGGUUCAAAGUGAAAUUAGACAAUUACAUGGUUUGCAGUAAUUAUCCAGAAUUCCCAUUUAAGUAAUAAAUUCUUCUGGAAAAGAUGAAAAACCUUGUGGUUAGUGAGCAUGCCAGCUUGUGCAAUCUUAAAUUGUAGGUCAGUAAUUACAAAUAUUCUCUCCUUAUCUUUAGUUUUUAAAAACCAUAACUGAAUGUGUGAUCUGCAGGCUCAAACAAUGCCAUGAGAAUCACAUUUUUUUAGCAGAUACAAAGCUCAUCGUUUUGAUAACAGAGUAAUUAGAUUUUUCAGAUUAACAUAAUGUAUGGUUAAUAAUUAUGAAAUACCUAAGGAUGUUGAAUUCCUGGCAACUGGCACUCUCACAGCUGAAAGCAACUUUUCACACAAAUGGCCUGGAAAUACUAGCUAGGUCCCAAAUGGCAUAUUUAUUCAUUAAUAAUUAACAGUUAUGAUAGACACAAUAUGAGUCUUCUUCUAAGUUCUGACUAGUGACAUUUAAAUAAGAUUCUCCUGAUGUGCAUAACUAAUACAAAUUCAGUAUGAUCCGUCUGCUUAAAAAAACUUUUUAUUCCUCUUUCUGUUGGAGGCCAAAUCCUAAAAAGAGUUGAAUAAUGCCACGUUUCACUGACCUUACAUGAAUUGCAGGUAUUCAGUCUAUCUGAAAUUGAUCCUUUGAGGUAUAAUACAAAGUCUGCAGUUUUUAUUUUUAUUUUUUUCCUGGCUCUAGAAAGAUCUUUGGCAGCCUAGCAAUUCAUUCUCUAUAUUUCAAGAACUCUACAAGUUCUAAGAGGGAUGAACUUGAAAAUACUUAGUGAAAAACAGACUUGAGACCAAACUCCAUCUUGUACUGAUUUCUCAUAUAAAAUACAUACAAAGUUAUGUGUAUUUCAGUGGUUCUUGGGACAAAGCAGAACUCUGGAGUUUCUGUAGAAAGGUGACAUCUUUGUGUAUUAUCUGUCUGUUUCUGAUUUAUCUGUGUAUCCGUCUUGGCAUACUGAUUUCCGCCAUCUUCUGCUCCAGCGAUUGGCAGCUUGUUGAAUGCUGUGCCCUUUGUACUGCUUUAUUUAUAUCUACUAUUGAUUCACAGUCCAUUUACUGACAGAAGCCAUUUCUGAAUAACAUGAUGGACCAUACUGAUGAAAAAAUUGAUUAAAAUUAUUUUUUCGAAGCCAAAUGCUGAUUCCUUUCUGCUACGAAAAUAUGCUUUUAACAGAUGACCUGACACUGCUUUAAAUAGUUUCUAUUUUAUGACGAGACAAAAGCUCAGAUAAUUAUCCUGUUCUAUACUUAGAGAAUAUCUAUUGGAAGAUGCUUAAUAUUCCCCACUUCCUUGAAAUAAACUGUAACAUCAGGAGUCAUCAUUAUGCUAUUCUAGUGUGGCCUCCAAUUCAAGUGACACACAGUAAUCGUUACAUUGGGCUUUUGCGACCUUGUUGGCAGCCUACACACCCAGUGUGUCUAAGCCGAGCGUGCGUGGACUACGAACUGUGCCCAUAAAACUAAUGAGUUCAGGUGCAAUAGCUUGUUUUCUAGUCAGCAGUAUUCCUGCUGCCUUCCAUUGCCCUUUGUGGAAAUAUUCACCUCUGCUGCUAGGUGCAGUAGCAACAUAAAAUUGGUAGAUACAGUAUGCAACAUACAAAUAUUAUUCCAGAAUUGGAAGGUAAUAAACAGCAUGUAACGCAGUAGUACUGGUAAUAAUGCUGCAGCUGUAUUACUAUUGCUAGUAAGAGUCCACAGACUUUGUCCUGAGUUUAGCAGACCUCGGGACAGAGGCUUACCACGUGUGCUUUGUCUGAACUUUCUCUGAUCUUCCUGGAGCUUAGGUUUUACUUGAUUUAGCUGUAACACCAAUUUUUUCUAAUGGCAGGAGACCAUGAUUAAUUUGUCUUACUUUUGCUUUGUACAGUGUAACCACAGUUUUAUAGUGAUACUAAUAAUAAGUAGUUAUUCUGUGUAGAAUGAUAUAUUUAUGACUCUAACAUAAUGUUACAGUGUACAGAAAUAAAGGCCAGUUAGAACAGCAGCAACUGUGGGAAGUGAAGACACCAGCUGCAGUGUAGAGUCAAGGCACAGGGUGGUAAGAGCUGGGGCACAGGCUGGCACUGGAGACCCCAAGGCUGUAAAAAACUUGCCAGUGGUCACUUAAAGACAUGCAGACCUGGAGCUGAACAAAACUAGUUUUAGGGGUAAAAAAAUAGAAGAAAGAACAAGUACCUAAGAUAAGUAAAAUACAAAAUAUAUAGUUGCAGACCAGUGAAGAAAAAGAAGGGUGUUAAACUUUAUUAGGAAACAAAAAUAGCGACAGGUGAGAACAAUUUCCAAAAGAGAAAAAAGAAGAGAAAGAAGAAGAAAUUUUAAACACCAACAUUGUACUCUUUACUGGCACAUGAUUCUGUAUGCUAACGAACCACUGUGCCCCCUCCACCAGAUGCAAGCCACGGGGAGGUGAAAGGGUAAGCGUGACACCAGGAGAAUGUGUAGGUACUAGGUAAUGCAUGCAUAGCAAUUUUAACUGUAGUAUUAUUAUUGAGACUUUCUGUACAAUUUAUUUAUUUAUUUUUCUGCAAUAACUAGAUGUGGACUAAUAAUUCUUUGAUUAGACUGCUAAGCUUGCAAUUAUACUACUAACAAAUUUUGUGUGACUUUGCACAUAGGAUGGGGUUUUUGCCCAUAACAAGAUUUUGCACAUGAUAGCUCCUGCGGACCAUUGCUUCCCCAUGCUGAAAUGGCACCCACCUGAUGGGCUGCUGGAUAUUAGCUAGCCUUUGUGGUGUUUUUCACUGGGUCCUUUAAUGCAGCUGUGAUGUCCAAUCUCAUUUACCACAAAAGCUGCAUGAAAGUUUGUUUCUUCACUGUGACUCAGUGCAACCACUGCUCUUUAGCCCCUGCUUGAGGACACUCAGUUCCAUCACUCUGAGGCAUCUACUUGGAUUUAAAAGUAUGACCCGGUGAACUUCAAUCUCACCUCUGGUAUAAACCCAACUUCUUUGAAGAAGAAGGUAUGAAUCUUUUAAGCUUCCAUUGUUUUCUGCUUUUAGUCUCUAAUAGUUUCUAAUUUGCUAUAUGGUUUCUUUCAAAAACAUUACACCUCCCUGCAGCUGGAGUGGCAGUAUGCCAGAGGGCUUCAGUGGCCUCCAGACAUCCACAGCUCAGUUACCUGAGGUCUGCCACCAACCUUCUACAUGACUGGUUUGAUUUCUUAAUUUCUUUGCAUCUCAGUUCUCAUCUAAUAAAUGGGUAUUUAGUUUUUUUCAGUGUGGCGCUACUUAAGACUGUACAUUGAGCAAAGCAAUGACUAUCACUGUGUUUAACAUAUUGCACAGCACAGUGAGGCAGAACCCUCUGUGAGAUCCACCAGAUGCUUUAUACUAGAAAUCAGGGUCACAAUUUCUGGACAAGAACAGAAAUCAGAGUUGCCUGCUUAAUCACUUUUUUGGGAAAACAGUAGCCAAAAUUUGAGUAUCUCUCUUAAGACUUUAGUGAAUUUAGUAUCUCAUAUUCCUCCUUAUUUUCUUGUAGUUCCUUGAAAGCAACUCAAAAUUUGGGAAUACCUACAAGAUUCUGCUACCAGAAGUGCUGGGCAAAUACAGUGGAAAAGUAAAUGAUAUAUAUGGGCAAGAGAAAAAAAACAGCAGUUAGAAUAGCCUGAAUAGUACGAAUGUAUUGCACAUUUUCUAUUUAAACCAAUGCUGUCCUCUAGUUCAGUUACUGCCAGUGUGUGGCUUUGGGCAAAGCAAUUUUCUGCUCCACUUUUUCCAUCUGUGAGACAAAGAGAGAAAACAAAGGAAAAAGAGGUUUAAAACCAUUGUUUUUUUCCUCCUUUAUUAAAGGCAAAAAAUCACCUCUGUUCCUCUUUUCACAUCGGGAGGUAGUACACUCUCACCUCUUUUUACCUUUGUUGGAGCUACAGAAGUUUGCCUUUCACUACCUCCUGCUUUAGCCUCUGCCUCACAAAUGUGACUUGAGCCAAUGGCCACAGAGCACUUUGAGUACCUCAGUGAAUAGUGUGGUGUCACUACAAAUAACACCCCGUACUGUUUCUAAAGUAGGAAUGACCCAGACAUCACGGAAAAGCAAAUAAAUGGUAUUCCUUUCACACUGUUCUAGCUCAUAUAUCUGAAUUUAAGAUCUCAUUAAUGUGCUGCUAAUUCUUGUCAGCAUACUUUAUCCAGGAUUCUUCAAGUAUUUAAUUUUACAAUUUAAAACAUAUAUUAUUAAUUUUUACCACUGAAGAUUGAUCAUUUAUUCACCCAUUGAACUGUUUGAGAUGUGUUGUGUUUUCAACAGGACUUGUUUCCUUAUUUCCCACUCCCAUUUUGGUAGGUGUAUCUAACAUUAUCUAGGCCUGCAUAAUACUUUUAUUUACAUUUUAUGACUGAAAAUAACAGCAGAACUGUGUAAUUUGUUUGGCAGGAAUUCAGGCCUUGUAUUUUGGGACAGUACAAAAAGCAACUCUACUGGAAAUAAACCAAGUCAAGCUGUAUUUAAGCAUGAAAUAAAACCAUCUAUUAUUUUCAAUAGUCAAUGUGUAAAAAAGAAAGAUUUAUAACUAAGGCUUUGCAAAAGCUAGGACAGACCAAACUGCGCUGGAUUCUACAUAUCUCCAGAAGGCAUCUACUCCAGGGACCUGAAUGUGUCACUUUCAGGGUUAGAAGCAUUUUACACAGUUACUGUCACAACUGAGGGAGCCUUGAUGGAUAGCCAUGGAUGCCAAGGGCUGUAGCAGUCCUAGAAAUGACCAUGUUAUAAUGUUUACAGGCAGAUUAAUAAUCUCACUCAGAUUAAAGCCAAGUGUAAAUUGCCUGUUGCUGUUGGUGUAACUGUUCACAGAUUCAGACCUUAAUGGUCUGACUAUGUACUUAAAUGGGUGCAUUGACUGUAUAAUAUAUUUGCAAAAA